GAGGAUGGCAGACAGCAUGGGGGAAUUAUUUUAAUUCUGAAAAGGUUUCGUGAGCAUUGUUGUAUCUUCUUCAUGUUAAGCAGACGAUUGUCAGAAUGGGAGAUGGAAAUGUUAUACCCAAAUUGGGUAAUAUGAAAGCAGUACUGGGAAUACUUGCUGGCGCAGGUGCCUCUUAUGGUUUAUACAAAUUUGUCCGCGGCAUUGGAGGAAAUGCAGAGAAGAAAAACAGAACGAAAUCAGUGGAAAGAAGUGGUCAAGAUAACAGGGCUUCGGGUGAUGUAAUUCUCGAACCGGGGAGUUUAAUGGCCAAAGUGUCGGGAUUCGAUGUGGUCGGAGUACGCAAAAGUCCUUCUCAGGUCACCGCUGAGGCAUCAAUCUUUGCCCCUUUAAUAGCAGACAUUCUAAAGAGGUCCCCAAAUUGUUUGGAGCCGCGGCACAUAGGGAUGCUCCUCUCCCUUCUGCAGAGAAGUCCUACCCCUUCAGAGAGGUCUCAAGUACUUGUUACACUGGGGAACAGCGCUGCUUUCACAGUGAAUCAGGAUUUCAUCCGUGAAUUUGGAGGCCUUCACAUUAUUGCAGGGUCCCUUAAGGACACUUCAGCAGAUGUUCGACUACAAACUUUGAACGCAUUGAAUAACCUGAGUAUGAACAUAAGAAAUCAAGAACAGCUGAAGGUGUACAUUCCUCAGGUUUUGGAGAUGAUUGAGAUGUCACCAGUCAAUUCAGAGUUGCAGCUUGCGGCCUUGAGGUUGCUGACCAACAUGUCAGUCACAGACAGACACCAACAUCUGAUGAGGAACUCGGUCACCCUGUUCCUGUCUCUGCUUGUAGUGAGCAAUGAAAUCCUUCAGGUUCAGGUUUUAAAGGUCCUGGUGAAUUUGUCCUCAAAUCCAGAUAUGAUUGAAGAUAUUGUCCAAGCACAGGCUCCAGCUUCCUUGGUUCUUCUGUUUGACUGCUGCACCAAGGUCUCUGUGCUCCUCCGUCUCUUGACGUUAAUGGGCAACCUCAGGGCCUGGAGACCCUCAGCCCAGGUUGCAGAGGCCCUGCGCUGGAACCAGGACUCGCUCUUCUGUGUGCUGCUGGACGAUUCCUCCCAGGUGCAUCAGAGACUCCUGCAGCUACUCUCUCACCCUGACGACGAAGUCAAGGCUCAGGUGGCCAAGGUCCUCACGUAGCCUCCAAGCUGGGCCCAGUGAUGUUGAUUCUGACGUCCCCGUCCCUAUGACAACACCACCCCUCUAAAUGUCCGCUCACAUUCACUGUCCACUUGGCAUUUUGGGCCAUGUUUGUAGGCAAUGUAAGCUCAGCAAUGCCCACACCGUGUCUUCUUCUAGUUCUCCGAGCUCCCUAUAGGGGCUUAGGAAAAUUCCCCACUGCCAAAUAUUUUUUUAUAGAAAAGUGAAUGUGAAUGUCCGUUGAGACGUCAGGCAUUUCCUCCCAUACACCCAGAAAUGACCCUCUGGCAGUAUGGUAGAAGGAACAGAGUUAUGGAGUAUAUGGAGGUUUUUGUGAGACGUGCAUUUCAUAUUGCCUUUGUGACACCACGGUGUCCUGCCACAGAGCGUUUACAAAAGGGAAUGUUUUCAGGUUUAGAUGCAUGCCUUAGCAUGGAGAGUGAGUUUCGGACUGCAGAAAACAACUGGAUUCUUCUCAUUUUUGUGUCUGUGUGCCAGUGUUGAUGGUGUGUACAUGCUGCACAGCAAUUAAAGCUCUUUUUUAUAGCAAUUGUCAGAAAGUAGGAUAUCUCUAGAGUUCCUGUCUUCUGAAGUUGAUAGUAAAUACCAGUUCAGACUUUGACCUUUUUUUUGAACUGGUUGUUUUUACCAAAAAUAACAAAACCUCUGUCAAAUGGGGGGGGGG